AAGGGGGCUGGUCCAGUCUCAGAAUAAAUCUGAUUCCCUCCUCGCUCUUAUCACUCCUUCUUCUGUGGGGACUCACACAGCAUCUCUGGACUUAAAGAUUUGGAACUGCAAACAUGAAGUUCACAGUAUUUCUGAGUGGAUUCCUGCUGCUCUUUCUGCUUCCUGAUUGGACAGAAAGCGUUGAAGGUGACAAUGUGGACAUCAAUACUCUCACCCGUAUUAUAAACUUCUUUGAAGAGAACUAUAAGAGAGUCGAUGGAGAUAAACAUGCCCGUCAGUACGCUACAGCCAUCAAUGUGCCGAAGCAUCAGUGUCAACAGAACUUCAAUCAGAACAACUUUCUGACUCAAGAGAAUGCAGUGAAUGUAAAAAAGGCUAUUACUGAUGACACAAACGCACUUUACCAAGGUGCAGAACUCAUCGCUGCAGGAACUAGAAAGAUUGUAAUCAGUAAAAAGAAGCAAUACAACAUGCAUUCAGAGUCUCUCCUGCUGAAUCCUGCUGACAACUCGCCCAUGACCAAUCUCUUGAAUAAAAGAAAAGACGGCUGCUCUGUUUUCUACUCAUUUGAGUCUCCCUGUGUCGAUACGUGUCUGGAUGCGACAGGCAGCCACAGCAUUUUAAAGGCCCUGGAGAACUGGAACGAACAUGAUGGAAUUAAAGCUUUUGUCUUCAAGAAUUUCUGGAAGUUUGACACUAAAAAAGAUCUUCAGACCAAAUUCAAGCAGAUUGUGGCUCAUGUUCCUCUCUACCGCUGUGUGAGUGAGACUCAGUGUUAUGCUUGUAAAGGAGAAGGAAACACUCCCAUAGAUGCGCACUGUCUGCCUUCAGCAGAAAACUAAGAUUUAUGCAUUAACAUUCAUUUCUUGCAUGAUUCUGUUCUGUUUUGAAAUUCAGUAUGCUUAGAUGAACUAGUGAAAUGCUCCUGCUUGAACAAAUAAAAUAUUUCUCUCUGUUUAGCAAACUUUGUGUGGAUUUCAUUUUGAAGAUGAGAACACAGUAUAAUGAUCAUAAACACACCAGUGUGUCUCAAGAGGUCAAAAAGGAGAACAUAGCAAGACCUUGCAGAUAUUAUGGAAAAUGUGCAGAUGUAAGGGUGUUUGUAUUUACAGUGAAAAGAAAAAUACUUAAAGAACAGCAUGACCAAAAAAUGCAUGCACACUCUGGGGCAUGUUAACAUUUCUGGCAAGAGAGAAAACAAGCUUACGCAGCUGUGGCAGCGUGAGAGAAGAUGAACACAGUGGGUGUUGGUGUUAUGGCUCACUUCCUGUGAGGACGCCAGUGUGAAUGCACAAACUACCAUGAAAUCCAUGGCUCCACUUAAAGGACUUCUCCUGCUUUUUCUUUUGUCUCAAAGCACGAAGCCACAGACUGUGGACAUUCACACUCUUGGUCGUAUUGUAAGCUUCUUUGAUCAAAACUAUCAGACUUUUAGUGUGAACAGGGAUCCACAGCAAUAUGCAGUCGCCAUCAAUGUACUUACGCCUCAAUGUGAAAAGGAUUUCUUGCCUACACGCAACAAUUUCCUGAAUGAAGAGAGUCCAGAUGUGAAAACGUUUAAUCCACUUUAUGAAGGUAAAGAACUCAUUGUAGCACGUGUUAAAAAGAUGGAUGGAUUCAGUAUACAUGCUGAGCGUCUCUUACUCACUUCUACCGAAAACCAUCCCAUUACACCCAUGACAAACCUGUUGAAUAAACUAAAAGACAGCUGUACCAUCUUCUACACGUACAAAUCCCCCUGUGUAAAAUCCUGCCUUAAUGAGUCGAGCCCUUAUAACAUUCUGGCUGGCCUUGAGAACUGGAGCAAGCACAGUUCAGUGAAAGCUUUUGUCUUUAAGGAUAUAUUUUGGGCUGACAAAAAAAAGCAAGAUCUUCAAGAGAACUUCAAGAAGAUUCUGGAUCAUGUUCCUCUCUACCGCUGUGAGAAUGAGUGUUAUGCUUGUAAAGGAGAAAAAAACACUCCCAUAGACGCACGCUGUCUGCCUUAACCUACACCAUGAAUUAAUAUGAGUUACAAUGACUCCAAGCUUCAGGCUGUUUUUCUUUUUUACAGUAUAACAGGAUGCAAAAACAAAAAGAAUGUUGAGGUUAUAUGCACUAUGUUUAAUCAGAGAA